UGGUGCUUAUGGCCGGCGUAUCUGCAAGGAUUGCUUGCUUUAUCGGCUGUUUAUACCUUCACUCGCCGAUCUUAUGCACCCAUGAACAACUGCACGUACUAUGUCUUUUCGAGAGGAUAUUGGAGCUGCCUUUGCGCAGGGUCUCGUGUUACCAAGCAUCAUGGUAUGCUCCCUGAUAAUGACUGGCGCUUUGGUGUAUAUGAGUCUCGAGGACUGGACAUAUAGCGAAGCUUUGAUAUUUUGCUGGACAGCUGUCACCACAAUUGGAUAUGGCGAUAUCACACCGUCUAGACCAGAAGGGCGCGUCUUUUUCUUGUUCUACACUGUUUUGGGUAUCAGUAUUGUUGGCUAUAUGCUUUUAUCGAUUCGGGCAGUGAUCACAGGGACGUCAUCCGAUAUCAUGAAGGUCAACUUGAUGCGAGUCGAAUCCCUUCAUGAUUACUCGCGGCACCAACGUGAAAAAUGGCUUAAUAGACAUCCAGAUCACACAGCGCCAGUUUCUCGCAGAUACUCUACAGCACCUUUAGGAGGAGAAGGCGGAGGUGCUGAUACCCCAACAGCAGCACUCAAUGACAACGGCUACGACGUUUUAAGGUCGAAUCACGAUGAUGAUGACAACGGUGACCAGGUAACACAACCUCUUCUUCGACGACGAACCACCGCAGGGUCUGCUCGUCCUCGAUCGCUGUCCAACAUGUCAACAUUUAGCAAUUACACUAUGACCGGGAUAUUGAAUAAUAAGGAUCGUCAAAUACUCGUGCAAGUAAUCACAAAGUCAGGCGUAGUGCGGAUGGGUGUUAUUCUUAUCAUUUGUUGGUUUGGAGGAGCUGGCAUAUUUUGUUUGUUAGAACAAGAUUGGACCUACUUGGAUGGACUGUACUUUGCGUUCGCUACGCAGUUGACUAUUGGAUUUGGUGAUAUUGUACCUCAAACUGCACUUGCGCAAGAAUUCUGGCUGGUGUACAUCAUCAUUUCUAUAGCAGUAGCUGCGUACUUUAUCAGCCUGUGUGGUGACGUGUUGAUAGAGAAAUUACAGAUUGUGGAUGACAACGAGGAUCCCGAUACAUUAUUUUAUACGGAUGAGGUGACCGGAUCUCCAGAAGAUUUGGAUGGAAUGUCAAAUUAUGCUUCGUUUGGGCGAGCUCUGGCAGCCGAAGAUGAAGAUAACGCGCGCACUGUACCAACGGGAACUCAGCAACAGAAACGACUAUUGCCUCCUGCGAGUGAUAAAGGCUCUACAUAUGGUCGCGGUGAAAUCAAGUAUCACCAGGGGGCAAAUGACAGUAUUGCUACUACUGGUGAUAGCUCGGUAAAGAUGACGAUGCCUAUUCCCUCAUCCCCUCUUCAGCAAAUGCAGCUAGCCAGGCACUCUUCAUUACCCAUUGUAUCUACUGCUACACGUGAUACAGCCUCCUCCAUAAAAACACCACGACGAAGCGUCAGCAAAAAACCAUAUCCUCUCAAGAUUUUUCAACAACCGAGAUAUGACUACAUGUACUCUGCUGCGCCUUCACCAUUACACAACCAGCCGCUGUCAUCGAGUAUGCCGACUAGUAGAGCAAUUGGUGAUAGCAUGAUGGACCAGAAGCCAAAGGGCAACAACAAUGGUGAUAACUUUAUCGCAAAUAAAGGAGUACGCAAUAAAAGAGGAGGAGAGCGAUACGGUUCGCUCAACAUGUCUUGUUCUGAAAACACUCUAUCGUCCGAUCGAGGAAACACUUAUUAUGACAAGGAUGAUAUAAAUCGGCCAAGGCAUCCAUGCAGUCCGCUGGCGAGUCCUUCACCCUCCUCCGAUGAGCGGCAACACAAGCAGACGAUGCUCAGUGGUCACAUCGGUGCAACAGUAGUAAGGAAAAGAGAGAGCCAUGAGGCUUCCACUGCUACUGCCUCUCCUCCUAGAAUCGCUACCGAGCGACUAGAACCUCGACAAUCAUCAGUGUCAGGGGAAACCAGCUAUCAAGCGCCAGCAUUUCUUUCUUCGACAUCAAACUCACAGCACGAAACAGUACAGCAGCAACGCCAUAACAAGAAAAAGAUAUCAAAGUAUUUGCCGAUAGCAGUUACUACUGGUAGUAGUAGCAGAAGCAGCAAAAAAAGACGCCAAACCUAAGCGACCUCAUCUCUUCUAAUCAUUGUUGCUUUCACACCCAUACAUGACAUCAUACAUACCCAUACUGUACAUACGUCAGCACAUACCCUUGGUUGUAAUAAGAAUUUCGGCCUUGUACAGUAUGCUAUACAGUAUAAACAGUAAAUAUGCUUUAUCAUUUAUCAG